CUUGUUUUAAUUGAACUCUCAAAUUUCCCUCUUUUGCACAUCCUUAUGCACCAUUGAUCAUUGCACUGAACAGAAUAAAUAAAUUCUCAAUCAUCUCAUGUCCGUCAUGGCCUUUCGGUGGUCAAGACGUACCUUCAAAUCAUGGCCGACAUCAGUCAGAUAUACCUCACUCAAAAUAACGCCACGACCGUACUGUCAACAUGGACUUAGAUCUUUUUAUACAAUGCCAGCGGAGUGGGAAGUGCACUCGCAAACCAUCACCGUAUGGCCAGACUUUGCAUCGAUACCUGAUGAAAAGACGUUGCAGGCAGCCCGUCUAGAAGUCUCCGCUAUCGCGAAUGCAAUAGCGCAGUUUGAGCCCGUCACGAUGUAUACGCAGCAUCGAAACGUGAACAUGGCACAAGGCACCGUUUCCCAAGACGUCAAGGUUAUUGGUCUUGAGGCGAGUCAACUUUGGGUACGUGAUACGGGGCCAGUAUUUGUUAAGGACGUUAGAAAUGGCCAAGCUAUGGCGCUCGGUAUGAACUUCAACUACUGGGGCGGAAAGUUCCCCCGAGAAGGUGACGAGACUGCAGCCGACAAGAUUGCCUCGGCUAUGAGUACCCCAGUCUUUACAGCUCCAUUUCAAGCCGAAGGCGGAGGAAUUGAGGUCGAUGGCGAAGGAACAUUGUUGGCGACUGAAAGCUCCAUUAUCAACUCCAAUCGAAACCCAGGAUUAAGCAAACAACAGCUAGAGGAUCACUUCAGUCUCGCUCUGGGAGUCAAGAAGACAGUAUGGGUUCCAGGAAUCAGGGACUAUGACAUCACAGAUUAUCACAUUGAUGCCCUUGCACGAUUCCUCCGUCCCGGGACGGUGUUGCUAGGAAAGCCGCCAGCCAACUCAGAGGCAGAGGUCAUCAGCGCAUACGAGGAAGCUAGGAGAAUCCUCAGUCAGGAAACAGAUUCGCAAGGAAGGCCGUUUCAGAUUGAGGAAAUUCUAGAACCUGACUUGAGCAAAGUGCCCGGGGAGCAUUUUGGCGAGGCUGGCGAGACCAUCGCGUCUUAUGUCAACUACCUCGUGGUAAAUGGUGGGCUGAUAGUGCCACGAUUUGGAGUUGGAGACGCAGAUGAUGAAGCGCUUCAGCGCUUUCGUGAGUGUUUUCCUUCUCGACGAGUGGUGCAAGUGGAUAUCAAUACUUUGCCAAAGCUUGGUGGCGGCAUCCACUGCGCGACACAGCAAGUCCCAGCUAUGUGAGGGAGUUUUGCGAGUGGAAAUAAGGUCACUCACUGCCAAACCUCUGGUCUCACCUUUCUGUCAUCUGGGGUAAAGCUGUGAAAUUCUAAAAAUAGAAAUAUCCACGUAACAAUUAUCUUUUUUUGCUUUUUUUUUGUUGAGAUAACUGCACGUGUGCUUUAUUAGCACGUUGUCACCGCUUCAUUGACGCAUCUUCAUAUAUUUUCU